AUGGUACACUCAAAAAAAAUAAUCAGCUCCGCAUCAUCAGGAGCGUUGCCAUCCCAAAGUUGUAAAGAACGCCGCAAUGGCAAAACAGUUUCAGCCACUAAUGAAGAAAAUAGUACCCAUGAGAAGAAAGAACCAGGAUCGUUCUUCACUAAGAGAACCGCUAUGCUCUUCUUUGUUGCUGCUUAUAUUUUUCUAAAGCACCAGCAUGAUUUUGCAAAACAAAACGGUGCUGCCAUCGUACAAGUAGGCAAUCGAGUUGCUAGGAACUUAGCCAUGAACAAACAACACGGUCCAUCAGAAGAGGAGCUUGAAUUAGAGGAAAUGGAAUUAUCACAAGGUGGAUAUCCAUAUAAAGGCUAUGAAGACCCAUAUGAAGGCUAUGAGGACCCAUAUGAAGAUUAUGAAGACCCAUAUGAAGAUUAUGAAGACCCAUAUGAAGCUUAUGAAGACCCCGAAGAAGCCUAUGGAAACCCCGAAGAAGGCUAUGAGGACCCAUAUGAAGCUUAUGGGGACCCAUACGAAGGCUAUCACCCCUACAAAACCUAUGGGAACCCCUAUGAAACUUAUGAAUAUGACGAAGGACCCUACGAAUGUGACGAAGAAGAAUAUUCUGAUGAGGAGUUGCAAGUAGAACAUGAAACCGCAGGGCAUGCAUUAAAAGUCGAACAGGACAUAAUGGACGAAUCAAAAUAUGCAGAUUUGAACACAUUCUUGCAAAGCUUAGAAGAUGAAUGGGUAAAAUUAGAAUUGAAGUUAUUUGAUGCAAGAGAAAACUGGAUCGAAGAAAAAAAUAAAGAAUUUUCUAAAUGGGUUAACGUAAUUUUAAGUAAAUGGAUGAAAUACAGUGGAAUCUCAACAACAGGAAGUCAUCCUGAUGCUUCAAGAAAACUAGAUUGGAACAACGAUACAUGGAAAAAAUGGUUUAACGAAAAAGUAAAAUCCGAAAUUGAUUUAAAAUUGGAAAAAUGGUUGGACGAAAAACAUUCCGAUUUCUUUAACAUUUUUGUUAAAAAUAUGGGACUAUUUAAAAGCAAGAAAAUCAAAGGAUGGUUAAUGUAUCACUGGAAAAUGAACGAAGGGGGUUAUCGUUGUAAAUCGUAUGAACGUAUGGCAACACCUGAAUUGGUAAAUUUGGUCAAGUCUCGACGAUGGUACCAUGCCAAUCCUAAUAUAGAUAAACAAAGAAAAGAACUCAUGGAAUGGUUUCUCCUUAAAGAAAAAGAAUGUAUAAAACAAGAACAGGUAACCUGGAGUAAAUGGGAAAGUGUUCAACGUUCUACGAUUAAUUCAAUGUGUACAACAUUUUCUGGAAAACGCCUAACCGAGGCAGAAUGGGAUAAAUUUCUCUGUGAAAUAUAA